CGUCGCCGUCGCCGUCGCCGUCGCCGUCGCCGUCGGUCGAUAGAGGCACGCCGGCGACGUACGUCCACUUCGAUGAGUCGUCCGCCCGUAUUUUAUAAUGCGGCGCGUCCGUUAUCAUCGUCGCGCUUCCUGUCCCUCCACCACGUCAUCGUCCACGGGUCGCCGCGGCCGCGCGUCGAUCAGACUUCGCGUUCACCGCCGGGUGACUCUAUAAAGACUUGAGAGCGUCGCGGUAUUCGCGAGCGUCGCGCGACGAGCGACGCACUUGUCAACGUCCCCGUCGUCGCCGCGUUAAGGGACGCGUCGUGCGAUCAGUCAGAAAAUCAAAGCCAAAUCGCACGAAACCGGAAGUCAUUCCCCUGUGCGGUUGCAUAGAUUAUCUAUUUGCAUGGGCUGAACCACAGGCAGGUGAGAGAGAAAGAGAGAGAGAGAGAGAGAAAGAGAGCAAUCCAAUUCCCUACUCCGAAUCGGAAAGUGGCUGUCCGUGAUUCCUAUCCUGGGAUCAGAAUUGUGUUUUUAUUCGGUCUUUGUACCAAAGGCGAGCAUUCCUAACAGAAAGAUAUUCCGGCAGCAUCUCUCGAUACAGCUUCACGCGAGGGACAUGGGCCUCCAGCAGCAGCUCAUUGUAGCGCCACGUCUCGACGCCGAAGCGGUAUGAGUCACGUUUAAUUAUUGGUUUGACGUUUUAGCGAUUUAUUGUCGCGACACUUGUUAUCCCUCAUUUCGGAUCAUAGUAGCCGGAUUAUUCCGGACUUGGAACUGGGUCCCUCCAGUUCUCAUGCCGAGCCGGUCUACGUAGAAACAAUUUGCCUUUGUUUUCCUCAAGAAUGUUACAUUUGUACGAUGUCAUUACGAAGAUGAACAUCGGAGCUGCUUUAGUUCUCAGAUACGCGAAACGAUAAGAAGAGAAUUAGAUAAUUAUUACUGAGAAAACGUUCGUAUAAACAGUCUGCGCAAGAGAGGAAUUUUCCUGACGGAAGAAGGCUUUCGAAAUUGCUCAAUCAUCGUAGAUCGGUGCAUGUUGUAGUACGUGAUCCGUGGGACGAUAACGUUAUAGAGACGGUGUCUGAUUGCACUCGGAGGGUAGGACGUCAUCGAAUAAACCGCCCCUAUUGCUGCUACAAAGAGAUCAGGGGAGUCAAUCUUGGGGAGCCCCGCAGUACGCCAGCACGUGCGAGCGUGCUCGUCAUCGUGGCGGUUCUCUUCUGAUGGUACAACGAGUAAAAGUAGUGACUCACCGGCGACGGACGAGCGCGGACGACAGCGUGGAUCGUCCACGGCAGAAGUAUCGUCGUCGUCGUCGUCGUCGCGCCACAUCGAGUGGUGCGCCAUGGAUCGCCUCGCCCCGAUGAUCAUCCCCGUGCUCCUCCUUGUGGUCCUCUGCUGUCCGGGAUGCGGCCGCGCCAACUUCGCGCCUUUCCACGACCUGGGAUCCGCAGAGCGGAUCCCAGCAGAGAAGCAUCCCACGUCGCACGGACCGCAAAUCGAUGCCGGUGACUUCCACGGCGAUCCGUACAGCGCUUACCCGGGCCUGGGCUUCGGGCCCAUGGGCCCGGUGAUCCGCUCGGCCCUGCCGAACGAUGACACCCUGCGCAGCCUCUCGUCGGCCAGCAGCGACGAUGCCGGACAACGGAAUAUCCCUAAGGAAUCGCAGCUCGCCUCGGCGCGCUCCGGCGACGACGUCGCGAUAGGCGACUUCUCGAGCGGCAACGAACAUUCGCCGAAACCGGAAUAUCGCAUCAUCAGCGUAGAGUUCACGCGCGUCGAAACGCCCUUUCUCAUCGGGAUUUGGAUCUUCUUCGCCAGCAUCGCGAAAAUCGGUUUCCACAUGGCGCCGAAGCUCAACAAGAUCUUUCCGGAGUCCUGCUUGCUGAUCGCCGUCGGCGUGAUUGUCGGCCUGCUGCUAUUCCAGGCGAGCAGCGUUCACAUUUCGCCGCUAACACCCGAUACGUUCUUCUUGUACAUGCUGCCACCCAUCAUCCUGGAUGCUGGCUACUUCAUGCCCAAUCGGCUGUUCUUCGACCAUCUCGGGACGAUACUCCUGUUCGCUGUCGUUGGAACUGUAUUAAAUACGAUGUCAAUAGGUGUUUCAUUAUGGCUGUUGGGGAAAAGCGGUAUAUUUGGUUGUGAGACGCCUAUCCUCGAUAUGUUCCUAUUCUCGGCGUUGAUCAGUGCUGUCGAUCCCGUGGCCGUGCUGGCCGUCUUCGAGGAGAUACAUGUGAACGAGAUACUCUACAUCGUCGUGUUCGGAGAGAGUUUAUUGAACGACGCGGUCACUGUCGUACUCUAUCACAUGUUCGAGACGUACAGCGAGAUGGGCCCUUCUAGGAUCAUUUAUACGGACGUGCUGUCGGGCCUAGCUUCGUUUUUGGUGGUGGCGAUCGGUGGCACGGUCAUAGGUGUAGUUUGGGGUUUCGCUACUGGCUUCGUGACCAGGUUUACACAUCAGGUGCGCGUGAUCGAGCCGAUAUUCAUCUUCGUGAUGGCGUACUUGGCAUACCUUAGCGCAGAGAUCUUCCACUUGUCCGGCAUAAUGGCAAUAACCUUCUGUGGUAUUACGAUGAAGAAUUACGUUGAGGCCAAUAUAUCGCACAAGUCUCACACGACCGUCAAGUAUACAAUGAAGAUGCUGUCAAGUAGUUCGGAGACCAUUAUAUUCAUGUUUCUCGGCGUCGCUACGGUGAACAAUGCUCACAAUUGGAACACGUGGUUCGUUGUCAUGACGAUAGUCUUCUGCUCCGUCUAUCGAGCCAUGGGCGUGAUAGUGCUGACAGCGCUGGCGAAUCAGUUCCGGCUGCACAAAUUGGACAAGGUGGAGAAAUUCGUCAUGUCCUACGGCGGUUUGCGAGGCGCCGUAGCAUUCGCCCUGGUCCUUCUUAUAGAUCCAAGACACGUGCCUCUGCAACCUAUGUUCGUCACCACCACUAUCGCCGUCAUCUACUUUACCGUGUUCAUCCAGGGAAUCACCAUCAAACCUCUCGUGAAAAUUCUCAAUGUCAAAAGGGCGGAGAAGAGAAAGCCGACGAUGAACGAGAGGAUCCACGAGAGGAUAAUGGAUCAUACGAUGGCGGGUAUCGAGGACAUUUUGGGAAAACACGGCAACUAUCACGUCCGGGAUAAAUUCAAGCGAUUCGACAAUAAAUUCAUCCGACCUUAUCUCGUGAAAGAUCAUUGCGGCGCCGAGCCGAAGAUUCUGGAAACUUACUCGAAGCUGGCUAUGAAGGAUGCAUUAGAUUACAUAAGAAGAAAUGCCUCCACUAUCGGCAACAUUAGCGGCACCGAAAGUAUGUCGGCGAUAUUCCGUAAUUACAGCAAUACCGGACAGUUCAAUGGAAGUCCCAGCUGCAGCCAGCUCGAAACGGGAUGGAAUAUCGAUCUGCAGGAACUGGAGUACAAUCCUUCCAAAAAAGACCUAACGGACGCGAGAAUCCACCAUCUGCUCGCCGAAGAGCUUUGUAAACCAUACAAAAGGCAUCGACGUUUGAGCUACAGUCGACACGCGGUGAAUGAUCGCGAUCUCUCGACACAAGUCAAUUACAAAAUGCACAUGAAUAUUCGACGGAUGAUGGGGGAGCACAAACAUCGCCAUAAACGCAGCAAAAAGUUACUCAAAGAUGGCAAACAGAAUCACGUUAGUUUCCCAGAAUUUCAACAGCAGAACGGCUCGACAAAGCUAUUUACGCAAGAUUACAUCAAUGGCGUGCUGUAUGAGUUAGAAAACGGAGAAACCUCGAAGCCCUCCAGCAAAGAGGAUUGGGAAUCAGCGAUCACGUUCACCGCGCGAACGUCCGAUUCGCCGAAUGUAAACGCGGACAAUCAACACGCUACCACCGCUACUACGUCGAUGGACACAAUAAAUACGGACGAAGGAGACUUGAAAAUAGGACGCGACGGUGCGGAAGGCUACAGAGUAACCACCCCUACGGCUACGGAAACUAUGUUACCGUGGAAACGUGAGGACGAUUACGAAUCGGGUCAUCCGAUCAAGCAGCACGAAUUUCCAGCCUGGUGCUCCAAUAAAGAAUACCUCGCCUACAGUUCGCCCUCCGCCACUUUCUUAGGUGGGAUCGAACAGCCGAAAGUCCAAUCCGUGAUUGGCCUAUUUCGACGCGAGAGCGUGUGCACGCCCGACAGUAUCGAUUGCCAAGAGACCGUCGACGAGGUGGACGAGACGGACGAGUACACCCCCGCGGAAAUGGAUUCCCCCGCGAAAACCAAGGGCAACCCGAGGAGGGUGCCCGCGAGGAGGGUGUCAAUGAUGGAGCUCAGCUUCGCCGACCGAGCUCGCUCGAUGGACAAGACGGCGGACGACGGAUCUCACUCCUUGCCGGAUUGUUGGAAUGUCCAGAGAGUACGCCUUAAUUCCCUCGCCUGCUCGCCCGCCCAAAUGCCGACUCUGUCGACCGCCCUGAUCGCCUCCUCCACGUCGGAAUCGUCGGAGGAUGUGGAUGACGAAGAAGAGGAGAAGGCUUGACCCUUGGGGACCGUCGCUGAGGAGCGACAGUCCUCCUUCACGAACGUCGAGCGUCGACGUCGUCGGCCCUUCCGACGACCACCGCGACACUCGUUGCUCACUUCGCUCCUGCGACGACCGAGUGCCCCCGUUUGAGAAGAUCUGCCCUUGACAAGCCGCCUUCUGCAGGGGGCAUCUCACGAACCUGAAUCUCGGCCUGAAUUUUGUUAAUACGCCCCAAAUACGCGAAAUAAGACGUUGCGAUGAAUAAAUUCCAGGAAAAAUGACUGUGCAAAGAGAGACUUUGGAAAAUACAUCGAAGCUUUCGAUUGAAUUUUGUACGAGGAGAAAUAUUUAGGGAGACGCGAAAAUUUCACGUUAAUUGGAUGAAG